AUGGUGGAUGCAACUACCGGAUAUGAAGUCUUAUCUUUCAUGGACGGAUUUUCUGGAUACAAUCAGAUACGGAUGAACCCAAAAGACGAGGAACUCACAUCAUUUCAUACCCCAAAAGUACUCACAGCUCCAGUUCCAGGGAAGUCGCUGACUCUUUAUGUUGCAGCACAAAAAUAUUCUCUAGGGGCACUUCUUGCCCAAGUUAACGAAGAAGGAAAAGAGAAUGCACUCUGUUACUUGAGUUGGACACUGGUAGGCACUGAAAUGAAGUAUUCACCUAUUGAAAAAAUGUGCCUCGCGUUAAUCUUCGCAGCUAAAAAGUUGAGGCAUUAUAUGCUAUCAAACACAAUCAAUCUUGUUUUGAAGAUCGAUCCAUUGAAGUACAUAAUGUCCAGGCCGAUUCUUUCUGGAAGGAAUGGAAAAUGGGUAUUACAGUUGUCUGAGUUCGACAUCAAAUUCAUUCCACAAAAGGCCAUUAAAGGACAAGUUUUGGCGGAUUUCCUUGCUGACCACCCAAUUCCAGCAGAAUGGGAACUUCAGGAAGACCUUCCCGAUGAAGAAGUUCUAUUCGCCAAAAUCAUACCAUCAUGGAGGCUAUACUUCGACGGGGCAGCCCGAAGUUACGGUGCCGGAGCAGGAGUGGUCUUCAUCACUCCUUAUGAUCUCGUCAUGCCCUACUCAUUUACAUUAACAGAGAAAUGUUCGAAUAAUGUAGCAGAAUAUCAAGCUCUUAUCAUUGGCUUAGAAACAGCUUUAGAUUUGGAUAUUCACCAGCUGGAAGUCUUUGGAGACUCUAAAUUGAUAAUCAACCAACUUUUAGUUGAAUAUGAAGUCCGUAAUUUAGACUUGAAGCCAUAUCAUGAACAUGCAGCAAUGCUUAUGAGACGAUUUGAUUUGAUAAAAAGCAAUUUCGUCUCGAGAAGUGAAAAUAAGAAAGCUGACGCCUUAGCUAAUUUGGCUGCUGUUUUAGCUAGAUCAGAUGAAGAAUUUUCCUACUCCAUAUCAAUUGCUCAAAGAUGGGUGCUUCCGUCAUUGCUACCCAGUAAUUUGGAAGAAAACAAUAGUGUUGAAGUAGUCGAAGAUGAGGAAAGAGAAGAUUGGAGACAGCCAAUAAUCGAUUUCCUUCAACAUCAAAAGCUACCAGAUAAUCCAAGGCGAAAAACAGAAAUUAAGAGGCAUGCCUCUCGCUUUAUCUUUUAUAAGGGAACACUUUAUCGACGAUCAUUUGAUGGAGUAUUCCUUCGAUGCCUAAGUAAUGAUGAAGCAACGCAGGUCGUGGAAGAAUCCCACUCUAGAAUUUGUGGUGCCCACUAG